UCAGGCUGGGUGCUCAGGGGAGGUCAGCCACAGUCAGGGACAGUCAGCGAUCCAGAAGCCACUGCACCAUGAGUGUCUCUGCACUGAGCCCCUCCAGAGCCCUGGGCGGGGUCUCUGGGCUCCUGCAGGUGGUCUCCCUGCUCGGCCUGGUUCUGCUUUUGCUCAAGGCGGCACAGCUCUACCUGCACAGACAGUGGCUGCUCAAAGCCCUUCAUCAGUUCCCGUCUCCUCCUUCCCACUGGUUCUACGGACACAAGUGGGAGUUCCAAGAGGAGGACGAGCUGCCACAGCUACUGAAAAGGGUAGAGAAAUACCCAAGGGCCUGUGUUCGCUGGAUGUGGGGCACAAGGGCCUUCAUAUUGGUCUACGACCCUGACUACAUGAAGAUGGUCCUGGGGAGAUCAGACCCAAAGGCUCAAAUUAUCCACAGAUUCAUAAAGCCCUGGAUUGGGACAGGUUUGCUGCUAUUGGAGGGGCAGACGUGGUACCAGCACCGGCGGAUGCUGACCCCAGCCUUCCAUUAUGACAUCCUGAAGCCCUACGUGGGAAUCAUGGCCGAGUCUGUCCGAGUGAUGCUGGACAAGUGGGAGGAGCUCGUCAGCCAGGACUCACAUCUGGAGAUCUUUGGAGAUGUCUCCUUGAUGACCCUGGACACCAUCAUGAAGUGCGCCUUCAGCCAACAGGGCAGCGUCCAGACAGACAGGAACUCCCAGUCCUACAUCCAGGCCAUCAAGGACCUCAGUCAUCUGAUUAUUUCCCGACUGCGGAAUGCGUUCCACCAGAACGACCUCAUCUACAGGCUGACCCCUGAAGGCCGCUGGAACCACCGGGCCUGCCAGCUCGCCCAUCAACACACAGAUGCAGUGAUCAAGGAGAGGAAGGCUCACCUGCAGAAGGAGGGAGAGCUGGAGAAGGUGAGGAGCAGGAGGCACUUGGACUUCCUGGACAUCCUCCUCUUUGCCAGAAUGGAGAAUGGGAGCAGCUUGUCUGACAAGGACCUCCGUGCUGAGGUGGACACGUUCAUGUUUGAGGGUCACGACACCACAGCCAGUGCCAUCUCCUGGAUCCUCUAUGCUCUAGCCUCCCACCCAGAACAUCAGCAGAGGUGUCGGGAAGAGAUCCAGAGCCUCCUGGGGGAUGGUGCCUCCAUCACCUGGGACCAUCUGGACCAGAUGCCCUACACGACCAUGUGCAUCAAGGAGGCCAUGAGACUCUACCCACCAGUACCAGUCACUGGCAGAGAGCUGAGCAAGCCCAUCACCUUCCCUGAUGGACGCUCCUUACCUGCAGGAAUCUUAGUCUCCCUCUCCAUUUACAGGCUUCAUCACAACCCGAAGGUGUGGCCGAACCCAGAGGUGUUUGAGCCAACUCGGUUUGCGCCAGGUUCUACUCGACACAGCCAUGCCUUCCUGCCCUUCUCAGGAGGAUCCAGGAACUGCAUCGGGAAGCAGUUUGCCAUGAAUGAGUUGAAGGUGGCCGUGGCCCUGACCUUGCUUCGCUUUGAGCUGUCACCGGAUCCCUCCAGGGUCCCUGUGCCCAUGCCAGUCAUGGUGCUGAGAUCCAAAAAUGGGAUCCACUUGCAGCUCAGGAAGCUCUCUGAUCCAGGUGGGGACAAGGACAAGCUCUGAGGGCCCCUGCCCACCAUCCUGUCUUGCUGUCACUCUCUCCUGUCCUUGCCCCUUUGCCCACUUCUUGCUUCUGUCUUCCCCGUGCCAGCUUGCCUCAUCUCAUGCCUCCUUCCCAGCUGACUUUCUGCCCUUCUCCUCUCACCUUUCUCCAGGCUCCCUAUCUGCUAUAUCUCCAUCUGUCUCUGACCCCCUGUAUCUCUCACUGUCCACCGGAAUCCUGAUCACCCAACACCCUCCAGUCUGUCUGUUCUCUCCUGUGUUUCUCCCCUUCUGCCUGCCUGUCUGUCCCUGUAUUCACUUCUGUUUUGAUGGCAAAAUGAAUUCUCUCUGCC